AUGGCGCCUCCACGCUGCCCAGCCUCGCCAGCUCCCGGCCCUGCCCCCGCUGAACGAGCCCAGGCCCUGCGCCGCCCAGCCUCGCCAGCUCCUGGCCGAACCAGCCCAGGCCCCGCCCCGAGCUCGCCCCCGCUCCGCUGCCGCCGCCCAGCCUCGCCAGCUCCCGGCCGAACCAGCCCAGUCCCCGCCCCGAGCUCGCCCCGCUCCGCUGCUGCCGCCCAGCCUCGCCAGCUCCCGGCCGAACCAGCCCAGGCCCCGCCCCGCCCCGAGCUCGCCCCCGCUCCGCUGCCGCCGCCCCACCCCGACGCCGCCGCCCCGACCAGAAUCCUCGUCUCCAUCGACACCCGCGCGUGCACGGUGGACGAUUCGGCGCGGAGGCGGCGCUCGGCCACGUGGCGUCCGCGCUGGAGGCGUCGCCGCGCUCGAGCUCUGGGUACGCGCUCCUUGCGCUACCGGGAUGUUGUCGAGAUGCUCCGCGACUACAUGCCCAGCCGCGGCACGGCCUACGCCUCCUCCUUGUCGUCCUGCUCGUCCGGCUCAGGGGACAUCGCCGCCGCUGCCUAUGAUUUCGCUGCGGAUGGGAAUAGGCACUUAAUUGCUGGGCCCGACGAAUGUAUUCAGCUUUGUAUCCUCCUCUGUACUGGAGAAUGA